AUGGAGGCCGACAGCGAGCUGGCCGGCGGCACCAACCUGUUUUGGCGGAGCUGCCCUGUGCUGGUGCGGCGAGGAGACCGGGGGGAGGAGCGGACCACGGAGCUGACCAUCCGCCUGAUUGCCACGGGACAGAAGCAUGGGCAGAGGGUGCUGCGCCUCUUCCUGUCCAGCGAGUCCGACCCCUACUUCCUGCAGCUGCUGGAGGUGGGGGAGGAGGAGUAUGCGCUGCUGCGGCAGGACCAAGGCAUACGAGUGGACUUCCCCAACUUCCCCGGCAAGCUCAUCGGCCUGCUGGACAAGUGCAUCGCAUGCAAGGCUGAAGACCUGCCCAGGUUCCAGGCGGUGCUGAGCGUGGGCGGCGGCGGCGCGGCGGGGCAGGGCAGCCUGAGGGUGGUGGAGAACAACGACUUCAAGCAGCUGCCCCACAUCACCCUCGCCCUGCGCCCCGGCUCCGACGCCGCCGUCAAGCAGUGGCUGGCCUUCCGGCUGGGGGAGCUGAGGGGGGACGCAGGCCAGCUGUCCCAGGAGCUGGAGCGCACGCAGGCGAGCAGAGGGAGCGAGCGCAACAGCCUGCAGAGCAGCCUGGCGGAGGUGCGGCGCGCGGCGGCGGAGGCGCGGGAGUGGCACGAUCGGCUCAGCCUGGAGUGGCAGGCGGAUGGCAAGGCGCGGGAGACGGCGGUGCUGGAGGCCAAGUCCCGGGAGCUGGCGGAGCUGCGGGAGGCGGGGCAGAGGCGAGCACCGGAGCGUGCUGAGCUGGAGGCCAAGUAUCGGGAGGCUCUGGAGGCGUCGCAGGCGAGGGCAAUCGACCUGGAGGGCGAGGCGCGCGGCCUGCGGGAGCACAAGUAUGGGCUGGAUGGGCGGGUGUCGGAGCUGAGCGCCAAGCUGGGGGCAGCAGAGGGCAGCAACAGGCGAGGAGGGGCGGGGGGAGGCAGGCUGUCUCUGACGGAGGAGGUGGAGCGGCUGCGGGCGUCCAGCACGGCGCUGGGGCGGGCCAAGGCGGAGCGGGAUGUGGAGCUGGGGGAGGCGCUGACCAAGGCGCGCACGCUGUGCCACGCGCGCGCCGCCGUGGCGGCGCUGGAGGACAAGGUGGCGGGGCAGCAGCAGCUGGGGGCGGAGCAGGCGCAGCGGCUGCGAGACAUGGAGGCCGACCUGCAGGCGCAGCGGGACAAGGUGCGGCGCAAGGCCGCCAUCGUGGCGCGGCAGGAGGAGGAGCUGGCGGCGCGCGACAGGGCGGCGGAUGAGGCAGGGCAGCGCUGCCGCGGGCUGCAGCGGGAGCUGGAGAGGGCGACAGAGGAUGCGGAGGCGCUGCGGAAGGAGGUGGGUGACAUGCGGGGCAGGCUGGAGGAGAGCCGGGCGGCGGCCGCCAGCAACGAGCAGAUGAUCCGCUGGCUGAACAACCAGAUCACCGAGACGCAGCUGCACUACGGCGGCGGCGCGGGCGCCGGCCUGCUGGCCGGCAGGUACAGCUUCCGGCCGGGGCCGCCGCCAGCUGGCGCCGGGGCCACCGGCCCGAGCGGCGCCGCCGUCGGCACCGCGGGCGCCGCCGCCGCGCCUGCAGGAGCGGCGAUGGGAGCGGCGGGCGGCGGCGGCGUGGGCGGCGGCAGCGGGCUUGCCGGCGCACGCCCGGCGGCGGCGCCCAGCACCUAUCGCACGCCGCUGGUGCCCGGAGCCUCUGGCAGUGCUGCCGCGGCGGCAGGCAGCGCGGCAGCCAGGCACGCGCCUGCCAGCACCUCGCCCGCGUCUCUGCCCGGCAGCAUGGGCGGCGGCGGCGGCAGCGUGCCCACCCGGGGGCCCUUCCGCAGCAGCUUCUACGCCACACACUUUGGCGGCGGCGCCUCGGGGCAGCCGCCAUCCGCCUCGCCCGCUGCCAGCACCGCCACUACUGCCGGCAGCCUCAACCUGGGAGCCUCGGGUGCAGCGAGCCAGGCGGGCGGCGGCGCAGCAGGAGCAGGGGCGGGGGCGGGAGGGGCGCCAGCGGCCGCAGAGCCAGCGGCGGCGCCAGCCCCAGCGCCGGCGGCGGCCAAGCACCUGGGCAGCCACUUCGAGGCGCCCACCUUCCGUAUGGCAGACACGGCGGCCGGCCGGGUGCCGGUCCCCGUCGUCACCAGCAGCGCAUCCUGA